GUAAGGCAGAUAAGGCCACAUAUAGUUUACCUUCAUAUCAUAUCUUAUGUCAUGGAGUACUUAUUUUAGCUAUCUUUGGACAAGUUGUUUUGCUCAUUCAAUUUUAUAUCAAUUUACUUUUUAAACUUGGGUUAAAUUUUUUAGUUCAUGGAAGUGUAAUUUGCUAUAAAAUAUUAGGAAUUCUUCUGAAGAUAGCACUUUCUAAUUACAGUAAUCUUUAUUGAGAGCUAAGCACUUUCAGACACUAUCUAAUUUAUUCCUUGCACAACACCAUGAAGUAAAUAUUGAACACAAUUUUACAGAUGAGGAAACUGAAAGGCAGAGAGGUUGAUGUACUUGUCCGUGGUCAUAGAAACAGAAUGACUCACGCCUGUCUCAUCCCACUUUUAAACACUAUCUUAUACUGCCUCUCCCUUAUGAUUUUUGGUCUGUUUAUUUCAGACCAAAACCAGUUAAUUUGUGCUUGACUUAUGUCCUUUAGUAUUAACCUUGCACACUUCUAUUUCUUCCAUGAUAUCACAGUGAAGCAAAAAGAAAAAAAAUUAAUACAAUUGAGUAUUAAAAUGUGUCUUUUCUUUUAGCCAGAAACAUUUGAGCAUCUUUUUAUCAAGCAUACAGAAUCAGUGACAUUUGGUCCUCUUCUUUUGGAGCCUGAAACCAUUUCAGAAGAUAUCAGUGUUGAUACAUCAUGGAAAAAUAAAGAUGAGAUGGUACCACCAACUACAGUCUCUCUACUUUUGAUGACUCGGGAUCUUGAAAAGGGUUCUAUUUGUAUUAGUGACCAAUGCAACAGUGCUCACUUCUCUGAGGUUGAGAGCACAGAGAUAACCUGUGAGGAGGAAAGUAGGCGACAACCCUCUGUUAAAUAUGCCACCCUGCUCAGCAACUCUAAAUCAGGUGAAACUGAGGAAGAGCAAAGGCUUGUAAAUAGCGCAGUCAGCAAAUGCUUCUCUAGCAACAAUUCUCUACCUAAGGAUUCUUUCUCUAAUAACUCAUGGGAGAUAGAAACCCAGGCAUUUUUUAUAUUAUCAGAUCAGCAUCCCAAUAUAAUUUCACCACACCUUCCAUUCUCAGGAGGAUUGGAUGAACUUUUGAAACUCGAGGGAAAUUUCCCUGAAGAAAAUAAUGACGAAAGGUCUGUCUAUUAUUUAGGAGUCACUUCAAUCAAAAAGAGAGAGAGUGAUGUGCUUUUGACUGAUGAGUCGAGAGUGUUGUCCCCAUUCCCAUCCCACUGUUUAUUCACCGACAUCAGAAUCCUCCAGGACAGUUGCUCACACCUUGUAGAAAAUAACUUCAAUUUAGGAACUUCUGAUCAGAAGACUUUUGUAUCUUACAUACCUCAAUUUCAGACUUGUUCUACUCAGACUCAGAAAAUAGUGGAAAACAAGGUGUGUGACCUAACUGUCUAAUUUCAUUCCAGACACAUCUCAGAUUUAUGAUGUAAUGAGUCAUAUGAAGGGUAAUAUAUUCCACUCUAGUGUUGGUUAGGGGAGAGAAAAGAAAACUGUCAGAGGCAAAUUUGAAAAUGAUUGUUUCAAAACUAAUGGUAUCUGUUUGUCCUCACUCAAUAAUAUAGACAAAAAAUGUGAGAAAGCCUUCAAGAGCCUAGCAGUGUAGACCGACUCUUCUAAUGAUUAAUCAGCACCUUGGGAAGGUCUCCAGUGGCUUGUGUCUAGCUAGCCAUAAACCCAACAGUACUAUUUUCUUUGAACAUCGAACCCAUGUGGAAAGAGCUAGUCAUCUGAAUUACACUCACAUCUGAAAGAACACUUCACACUAACACUUGUGAAAUGUAACUGUAUUUUCAAGGGUGUGGUUAUUUUACCUUGAGUUGUCUUUUCUGUGCACUAAUUUACACAUACACACAAUUAUACCUAAUAGGCAUCCUUGUGCAUUUUAAAAAGUGUGCAAUGUAUUUGUAUUUUGUGCUACUAGACUGUGUGAUUUGAAGAUGUUUCGAUUUAACAUACUUUCCCUGAGUACUUACUCUGUGGUAGGCACUCAACUGAAUGUUGCAGAUAGAUGAUUUAGCCCUGGUCUAGGGGGCAUACUUGUGAAGAUAUACAAGAAACAAAUGUUUAUGUAUCAAAUCUAAGAUCUGUACCAUAGAAUGAAACUACCUGUUAGAAUGGUGAAUCCCACAACAAGUAUUUUGAUGAGAACACAAGCCCUUGUGAAAACAUAAUGUCUGCUUCACCUCUUCUCUAUAAAAGAUGUUGAAAUGCUCACUUUCUGCUACAGUUAGAUUGCUAAAUGUUACUGUGUAUCACUCUGGAAUCAUCUUCCCCAUUCCCACUUGCAUGUACGUUGUUUUUUUCCUCACUUACCGAGCAUUCUUCCUGUAUAUAAAUCAACCACUGUGCUAAUAUUUUCCAUACUUUAGCUCAAUUAAUUAUUGAAAUAAUUGUAUGAGACAUGUACUACUAUUACAUUCCUUUUAAAGAUUAGAAGAUUAAGUAAUUUGCCCAAGGUCACAGAGUUAGUGGAAUCCAUAUAUAAACCCGGAUCUUUUGAAUGCUAGUGAUUAUGUUUUUAACCCAUACCUUACAUUAUCAUCCAUUAAAAAAAACUGACUUGUAAUCAAAUAAAAUUUAUUAAGUAGAAAUAUAACACUGGCUGAAAAUUAAGUGAGAAUUACACAGAUGUUGUCUUUGCCUUUAGAGACUUUAAUGUUUAUUGUUUAUUUCAGUUCUUGGUACGGCAAGAAAACCCAGACAUCACAUUGAACAACAAACUAAAUUAAGAAACCUGCAGAGAUAGUUGUUCAAUGGCAAUAAGAAUUUCAAGAUUAUCAGUAUCGUCAAAAUAAAUACUUCAGUCCUCAAAAAUAUUCCUAUGAGUUGUUAAACAUCACUAGUUUCAUACUUAGACUGAGAGAGGAUUCCACUGAUUUACUAUUACCAUAAAUAAAAUCCUCCCCCUUUCUCUAUUCCAGUUGUGACCAUAUGAAAUGAGCUGUUCAGACCCCAAUUGAUAGAUAUUUUUUCACACCUUUCAUGAUCAUUUGCCAACUAGAAAUCAAUAAAGCUGUUUCAUGACACAAGUAUUGUUGAGAUAUCUCAGGAUCUCACACACUCAACCAGUGACUCUCUUACAAGAGAAAGGUAGAGGACCCAUAUCAACUCACUGAAUAAUUAGUUCUAUACAAAGAUAAAGAGAGAAAAAAUUUUUUUCAAUGAUUUUUCAGUGAUUUAUAGUUUCAGAAACAAUUAUUACAUGUAUUGAAAUUUUAGUAAAAUUGACCAUUGUUUUUAAUACUGCUCACAGAAUAUACAUAGAUAGAAAAUUACAUUUUGCCCCAUUCUGCAUAUAAUUAGAGAUUAA